AUGAAGGGGACUUACGACAAGAAUCCGGCUGUUGUGGGCUGUCAUGGGAGAGCAUUGUCCCUAGAAUCAAGUCAGCACCAACCGAACGAGUCGGCUCUGCAGUCAGCCAGAAACUCCCUUAAGACCGUGGCCUGGUGCUUUGCUUUGGCUUCGGGCAUAAUCCUUGCGUACGCUCCAAUGUUCUACUCCAUCGCCAACGAUCCGCCCAUUCUAACAUCCUCAAGAAAAGACUUCGGCCGUCGCUUAGACGGCAAACUCAUCAUUCCAGCCCUCUGGCUUGCGCUAUGGAAUAUCGCAAACCCAAUCGGUGGCGUACUCGGCUCUAUCGCAGGAGGGUACAUCCAGGACCGUGUAGGACGGCGCGGAUCUCUCACCAUCGCGAGCGUCGUAUCAGCCAUAGGUGUCGCCGUGGCCUACAUCUCGGAUCUCCCAAGCGAGAUCAAUGGCCGCAGAUCCAUAAUCUUUGUUGCGAAACUUGUCCAGGGGUUCGCCGUUAAUCAGGUUAUGUGUACUACCCAAACAUACAUGUCUGAGGUCCUUCCUCCUAUACUCCGUGGCCCGAUCCUCGGCCUCUUUCCUACCUUUAUCCUAAUGGGCCAGCUGAUCGGGAGCAUAAUCAUCUAUGCUAUGGCUGCCAGACGCGGGCCAGAAGGCUACAAGCUCUGCUUUGUGUCCGAGUGGCCAUUCUCUGUUCUCCCGUUCGUGGUCUCCUUCUUGAUGCCAGAGAGCCCGACAUACCUCAUCCGAGAGAAUCGUCUUGACGAGGCCCGCAGAUGCCAGGAGCAGCUCUCAUAUUCGACAGAGGAAGCAGAUAUGGUCUUUCAACAAUGCCGUUUCUCCAUCGAGCUAGAGAAGAAAGCCAAAGGCUCUGUGCCGGGGUAUUCCGAUUGCUUCAAGGGCACCAAUCGCCGCCGAACAAUGGUCGUUUUAUUCGCCUGCCUCCUCCCACAGCUCUUCGGAAUAUCGCUGCUCGCCAGAGGCAGCUAUUUCAUGCAAGUUGUCGGCAUGAACGCGCACACCAGCCUCAUCUUCCUCCAGGUAGGUGUCGGGCUAGGCCUCGUCGCUAACGUGGGUAGCAUGAUCACAGUAGCCAAGUUUGGGCGCCGCCCUCUCACUCUCUUCGGUCUGAUCGCUUGCACAAUCCUUUGGAUGGGGAUGGGCAUUGCGGGUUGUUUCCCUGGAACUGCGACUGUCUGGUACACCCAGAUGACCAUACUUUUUGUAGUAACGCUUACCGGUCUAACUAUCUGGCCUGCCUCAUACGCCUUCGGCGCCGAGGCGUCCUCUCUGCAACUCCGAGCUAAAACGCAGGGUCUGGGCUGGCUGGUCAAUUGUCUCUCGAAUGGUAUCCUUGGCAUCGUGCUGCCUUACAUUUUUAAUGACGAUGAGGGGGCGCUAGGCGCGAAGACCGGGUUUGUCUACAUGGGGUUUUGCAUCCUUUCCCUGGCCGCGGCAUGGAGGAUUGUUCCUGAGAUGAAGGAUAAGACCGCCAUGGAAAUUGAUCAGGUGUUUACAGGUGCUCAGCGGAGGAUCGUGCAUGGCGACGAGGAAGAAAUUGCGGUUAGGGAGAGGGAGGAGAAGGCGUGGGAAUGUGGAUUUGGAAGACCCUAUGUUGCUUAG